AUGCUGGGUGGCUGGGAAGACGCGCUGCUGUCAAGCACCGAACGGAGGACUGGGAAACUGGCCCAUUGCUUGUGCUGGCAUCAGUGCCGGAUGAGUGAGCAGCGUACGGGCCCCAAGGAACGGGAAGCUGUUCGCCCCAUUGAACAACCCGGCGAGUCGAUUUUGGAAUGGUGCAGGAAUAUCAGGCGGUCUGGAUACUGGGGCGGGCCUUUCGGUUUGGCGAUUUGUAAAGUACGGCAAUGGUUCUGUGCCUGUGGGUCGAGCCGAGGGGAUGGUGGCACGUUUAAUUCCACUUUCAUUGUGUAG